UACAAACGCAAUGUCAUGAACACAUGCUUAUGACGUGCUUAUACUGUUGUUUUGUUAUAACCGAUUUGUUAUUUUGUUGUCGUGUUAAGUAGUUGUAAAUGGUAUUAAAUCCUAAUAACUACAAACGAACGAAAUGUGACAUGACAUGCUUAUGUCACGACACAUGACAUAAAAGCAAGAAAUUAGGACAAACAAAUAUUUUAAGUCGAGUUGACUGUUAGUGUUUGUACUCUAAGUUUACGAUCAGGAUUAUGGUUAAAAGAUGCGCAUUGGGCACUUGCAAUAUUGAUUCCAGAUUGCAUUCACUUGAAAAUUAUUAAUAUGGUGGUGAUAAACAGAAAGAGCAAAGGAAUCUAUUUAUUGGUGUAUUUAGCCAUUUCUGUUUAUUUUUUAAAGUCAAAGGCAAACGACUUCUCAUGCAAACCGGACGAAGUACAGUUUAAAUGUAAGAGCGAUGGAAAGUGCAUGCCCAAAGAUUGGGAGUGUGACGGUGUAAACGAUUGUUCUGACCAUUCCGAUGAAAUGAAUUGUGGUUCUUGUCCACAAGAGAAGUUUUCUUGUGGUAAAGAGUGUAAAUUUAAAUAUAUGAUUUGUGAUGGUUACAAAGAUUGUAAAGAUGGAUCUGAUGAAUCACCUUCACAUUGUGCAAAUAUAUCUUGUUCUGACAACAAGUUCAAGUGCCAAGACAGUAAAAAAUGUAUCAUUGAAUCUUGGAAAUGUGAUAAUUAUAAAGAUUGUGAUGAUGGAAGUGAUGAAUUUGACUGUGGUGUGCGUCCUUGUCCUAAAUUAUCAUUUCAAUGCAAUAAUAACCAGUGUAUUGAUAUAAAUUGGAAGUGUGAUCAUAAUGAUGACUGUGAUGACCAUUCUGAUGAAGAAAAUUGCACUUAUACAGAGUGUAAGCAUGAUUUGGAGUUCCAGUGUACAAUAAAGAAGCGUUGCAUCUUGAAAGAAGCAUACUGUGAUGGUCACUACGAUUGUGAAGAUCAAUCUGAUGAACCACCUAAUUGUAAUUCAACUCAUAAACAUAGAAAAAAUGUAAUGUUGAUCGAUUUGACUGUAAGGAUGGAAGUUGUAUUCCUUAUAAGUGGGUUUGUGAUGGUGACUGUGAUUGCACAUCUGGUGAUGAUGAAAAGCACUGUAGUAAAGAAUGUGAAAAAGAUGAGUUUAUGUGUCCCAUUUCUAAAAAGUGCAUUAAAAGAUCGAUGCUGUGUAAUGGUGACAAUGAUUGUCCCAAUGGUACAGAUGAAAAGUACAAUUGUGGAUUUUAAACUAUUAUCAAAACAACCCUUAACAAAAACAGCACCAAUCAAUAAGAAUUACAACCUUGGAAUGAGUUUGUCACAACCUACAUUGCACAUAAUUGCUAAAAACAAAUUUGAUGUGUCACAAUGUGAACCACAAUGCUCUAAUGACAAUGGUGGAUGUGACCAUAAAUGUAACAAAUUAAAAUUUGGUCAUUUUUGCUCUUGUCGUCCAGGAUAUAAACUUGAAGAAGAUGAAAAGACUUGUAGAAAAAUUGACGAAUGUGAUGAAUUUCAGCAGUGUAGUCAGAUCUGUGAGGUGUUUAACAAGACUGCCCAGCCAUUAAGAUGCAGUUGUGUUGCUGGCUAUCGCUUGGAUAAGGACCAUCGAACUUGCAAAGCUAUAGAUAGACACCCGUACCUCGUAUUUUCUGAUCAUUAUUCCAUCAGAAAACUCACUUUACACAAGAAACAGUCCGACUUCUUUGGCAUAGUUCCUCAUUUCGCAGGAAUCAUCGCAGUAGACUAUCAUUUUGGCAAGGCCUUGAUGUUUUGGACUGGCAUUAAAAGCAAUUCAAUUCAACAGACUAACCUGAGUAGCAAAAUAGAACAUGAUAAAAAAAUUAUUGUUAAAAUUGUUGCUUCCCCAGAUGGUCUUGCAGUAGAUUGGGUCACAGGAAAGUUGUAUUGGACAGAUGCUGGAAGAAAACGAAUUGAAGUUUCUGAAUUAGAUGGUCGAUAUCGUUCUACUUUAAUCGAUACUAACUUGGAUAUGCCACGCGAUAUUGUACUUCAUCCCUACUAUGGGGAGAUGUUUUGGACAGAUUGGGGUGUUGAACCCAAAAUCGAGAAGGCUGGUAUGGAUGGUGAACCGAGCAGCCGUAAAGCAAUCAUUACGACUAGAAUCAUUUGGCCAAAUUCUCUUACUAUCGAUUAUACAAUAGAUCGCAUUUGGUGGGUGGAUGCUAAACUCGAUCUGAUCGAAUAUUGUGAUUUAAAUGGCAAGAAGCGUCGUGUAAUCUUAACUAGUGAUACGAUUUUCCAUCCGUUCUCGAUAUCCUUGUUUGAAGAUCACAUUUACUGGAGUGAUUGGAGUAAAUUUGCAAUUUAUAAAGCAAAUAAAUUUACUGGAAAGAACGUGACAGUUCUUAAGAAAAGAUUAGUCAACACACUUGGAAUAAAUAUGAUACAUCAUCAACGACAACCUGGAGCUUUCAACUUUUGUCUUAAAUACAAUGGCGACUGCAGUCAUCUUUGUUUGCUUUCUCAAAAGAAUAAAACCAAAAAGUGGAAAAGGUUUGAUCAAUAUUCAUGUGCUUGCCCUGAUGGCGUUCAACUGUUGCCUGACAAAAAGACCUGUAAUCUUUCUGAAGCUUUAUUUUGCGAGAAAGGAAGAUGCAACAAUGGAACAUGUUUACCUGGAAAUGAGAUACGUGGCCCUAUUUGUUCGUGCCAUGAUGGUUACACUGGUGAGCGUUGCGAGUUGAAAAAAGAUGAACAUGAUAUGGCUAGCGCGAAUAUUGCUCGUGAAAAUGCUAUUACUAUCGGUAUAAGUGUUGGUUUGGUGAUGUUCAUUUUCAUUUCCUGUGGCAUCAUAGUGCUUGUAUGUCAUAAAAAGAUUCAGAAACGAUACAGCCAUUCUCGAGGGGACUCCUUACGAUUCGAAAAUCCUGUUUAUACACAAACCACUGAAGUUAUAGACUCUGGCACAAGCGUAGGAAGUCUGUUACCAUUCAGAUUCAGAAAAUCACCGCAGGUUUUGCAGGAACCUUUUGCUAAAGAUCCCGAACCUGUUGAUCUGUAAAUGAGAAUUAGAAAUGAUUUUUAAGGCGGUUCAAAGAUGCCGUGUGUUCACCAUUUAAGCUACAUCUCACAAGACUUAGUCUUUCAUUGCUGAAACUGUACAGAUGUGAAGAAGUUCCCUACGAAUUUUUUUUGAGCAGCGUAUUUUUAGAUUUGCAGAUGCACCAUACACACAAUUCAUUUCAGUAAUGUUGCAUCGACAAGUGAAAAUACGAAGUAAAUUUGGUCAAAUUUUUGAUCACAACUUCUAUUUAGAUUAAAAUAUUAUUAAAGUAACAAAAACAUUAAUUGUUACUUUUUGUGUGCUCUGGCGAUUACCGUUCAUGGGAAAUAUUUGUUGUAGUUGGUAGACUUAUGUAAAGUAUUACGGGUGGAAAUUGUCUUUUUAAAUGAAAUUAAAUGAUGAUAUUAUUGAUUCGCAUGCUAGUACCAAAAUACCAACAGUUCUCAUGUAAAAAUCCUGCGUGUAUGUUAACACCUGCUUACACAAAAUGUAAAUAGCAGUAAAUCAUUAGUAGUUUACGAUAAUUUGCCGAACUGUAUAUAUUUUUCAUACAUUUAAUCAUGUAUAUAUGUGUAAAGUACUUAUAAAAAUUUAGUCAGUUCAUAUUCUAUUUCUAUGUAGCCGUAUGAAUACUUGUUUAAUCUUUGGCUUAGUUACUGUUCCUUUUGUUUGUGUUAUUAAGAAUUAAACGUGUUUAAGCAAUUA